AUGGGUUUGCUACCUGCUUCGCGCGAGCUUGUCUUUCCCGGGACAACCAGCAAAGCUCCUCUUCUCCUCCGCGGCGUCCCUGAAUACCACAAACCCUCGCCCGAAGAGCUGGUCGAUCUGGCCAUUGAGAGCCACAUUGCCCGCGUAAAUAAACACUCGCUCGCCGGCGGCGACGAGUCGUUCUUUGUCGCGGAUCUGGGCCAGGUUACGAGGCAGCAUCGGCGCUGGACGCAGAGUCUGCCGGGGGUGCGGCCGUACUAUGACCCAACCCUCCUCAAACUCCUCGCCGACCUCGGCACGGGCUUCGACUGCGCUUCGAUAGAGGAGAUACGCGCCGUCCUCAACCAAGGCGUCGACCCGGCCCGCAUUCUCUUCGCCAAUCCCUGCAAGUCCCCCGCGGCGCUGGUGUACGCACGCCAGGCCGGCGUCAUCCGCACGACCUUCGACAAUCUCGACGAGCUCGACAAUAUCAAGGCGCAUAUGCCCGAGGCGCAGCUGCUCCUGCGUAUAUAUGCCAACGACGAUGGCGCGUUGAUCUGUCUCGGCGAGAAAUUCGGCGCGCACUUGGAUACCGUGCAGCCGCUUCUAUCGCGGGCGUGGGAGUUGGAGUUGGAUGUGAUUGGGGUGAGCUUUCAUGUUGGAACAGGAGCAACAAACCCCACCAGCUUCGCCAAAGCAAUCAACCACGCCCGUCUCGUCUUCACCCAAGCCCAACGCCUCGGUUUCACCCCCACAAUCCUCGAUAUCGGCGGCGGCUUCGUCGACAGCCACUUCGAGCCAACCGCCAGCUUGCUCCGCGAAACCAUCCGCGCCGAGUUCCCCGCAGGCGUCACGGUCAUCGCGGAGCCGGGCCGGUUCUACGCGCGUAGCGCGUACACGCUGGCGUGCCGGGUGAUUUCGCGGCGGCGGCAGUUGGGGAGUGCGGCGGCGGCGGGUGUGCCGGAUAUGCUGUAUCAGAAUGAUGGGGUUUAUGGGAAUUUCAUGAAUGUUAUUAUGGAGAAGGAGGUUAUGGGUCCUUCUGUUGUGGAGGGGACGAGGGGGAAGGAUAUCUCUGGAGGGAAGUGUGAAAAGGACUCUGAAGAUCUUUCUUCUAGAGGUAUUAGUGGUGCUGGUGAGCAGCGGUACUCGAUUUGGGGUCCUACGUGCGAUAGUAUUGAUUGUGUCGUGCGCGAGACGACGCUGGAGAGGGAGGUUGCUGUGGGGGAUUGGUUGAAGUAUAGGAAUAUGGGUGCAUAUACAAGUACCACCGCCACCCAGUUCAACGGCUUCAGCAGCUCCCACGACAUCCUCUACGUGAACAGCGAGAGUCUCCCCGAGUACUAG